AUGUCGUGGACUCCCACCGAGGAGUUUCUCCAUGGAAGGAUUAUCAAGCCUUUCCUUCCUUUUGAUAAGCAUCCGUCGUUGAAAAACGAUAACUUCCGUAACUUGUACCCUGGUGAUGAAGUGUUUGUGUUUGAAACAAAGCUGUCCAAAUGGGCUAGAGGCUAUUCGUUGACCAGACCGUUCCCUAGUGACUUCACCAUCACCUCUGUGAAUUUGGACGAAUUGCCUGGCUUGAACAGAAAGAUAGUCGUGUUCCCAUUGAAGUACAUGAAGGUGGUUGAAAAAGUGCCAUUGAAUAUGAUCAAUGCUGCUGAUGACUUUAACAAUGUUCACCAGAGCAACAACAUGGCUCCUACUUUGAGAGAAACCGAGCAGUACGUGGAGAAUGCUACUACUGAUCCUGACGAGGUUAUUGGUGCCAAUGGCAGUAAUGGUCAUGGCACUGGAAGAAAGGUGCAGCCACCGCCUUUGCCUUUUGAAACAUUCACUUUUGCUAACGAUUUGGUUGAGGAAAUUACCUAUACGUUGAACUUGCUUACGUCGCAUAUCUAUGCCAUGUACUCGAUUGGCGAGUUCCGUCUUUUCCAGAAACUCACUCUGCUUUAUGUUGAUUUGGAUGAAACCAGAGUGAAGUUAACCCAUGGAGACUUGACCCGGAACGAGAUCCAGUUCACUGAGGAAACUGCUAACCAUUUGUUGAGCACCAUUCCUAAACUGCUUGCGUCAAAGGCAGCCAGAGUCAAUGAAAAGUCUUAUGACUUGGAUAACAAGGGCACUGAUGUGAAUGGAUACAAGGCAAUUUUGGCAAGAGAUGCUUUCAAUGGUGACUUGUUGGACUCAAGAAACUCUACGCCUUCCAUUAUGGCUCUUUAUCAGCAGUACUGUGCUUUGCUUCCUAAGUUCCCAAUUAACGCUCAUAAUAAAAGAGCCGAUUAUCUUCUUGACGCAACUCCAAACAAGAAACUUACCCAUGGAAGCCCUUCUCAUAUCUUGGUGGAUUUCAAGUCGGUCAGUGGUUCUUCUCAGUACCAACCACCAGGCUUUGCGGGUAUGAUUGCCUAUAUGUAUGUGAGAAAUACCCAGAGAAGAUUGACCGAAGCUUUUGCUGUCCAUACUGACACUGUUGAUGAGUUGGUUUUCGUGGAGAAGAUCAGUGCUGCUUUGUUCAGAAACAUUCCUGCUAGUGAGGUUGAGAACAACAGAGUCUAUUUGGUGGCCGUGUUGGUGGAACAACUUGACUUGCCUAUCAAGGAAGGUAGCUCUUCCAAGAUCAACAGAAUCAAUAAAGGUGUUGCUGCUGGUGUGACUGAUAUUACAAGAAUUUUCUCCAGAAACCUGGGUUCAUUGACGUCAGGUGAAUCUCACCAGUUUGCGAUCAACUUAUUUGGUUCCCACGUCUCUCACAAGAGACAUGUGGAUAGCUCUAAGAUCGAGAACAAUGGUUGGGGUGAGUUGGUUGAUAGAAUUAUCAAGGGCUCUAAUCAUGGUAUUGCGGUCAACCCUAGAGCUGAGAAGUUGGUUGUGACUGUCAAGGAGUUCAGACACCAGCUUGCUGAUGACUCCCUGGAUGAGGAAAACUUCCAUUCAUCUAAAGUUGAUGCUUCCAUGAAGACUGCUCCUAUUGCAAAGAUCAAGCCUAUUUUCUAUGAUCCACUUGCUGAGAACUAUGAACGUAUUUAUCUCAAGAUGGGUAAGGUUUCCUUGCUCAACCCUGUCAACAAGGACGACUUAUUGACUUUUGAAGUGAGUGCUCCAAACAACGACACUAUCACUUUCGCCAAAGCUUCGAACCAAAUUGAGAAGCGCUCCUGGCAAUUUGUUUCUGUUGCAACACAUGAGGUCAUUGGAGAAAUCGUCAAGGUGAAUGGUAUCUCAUUUAAGAACCACAACAGAAAAGCACCUAAACAAGACGCUCUCCAUCUCGCUUUGUACGUAAAUGGCGUUUUGGCCGGUGAAGCUGACAUCAUGUAUAAGUCAGGCAACCGCCUUGUGGAAUUCAACAAGCAGGGAACUCAAAACAUUGAUGUCGUUUCGGUUGGCACUAAGAAGACUCUCGCUCAGCUUGAUAUUCAUACAACUUACAUUGGUAAGAUCUUCAACACCGAAAUCGCCAUUGAUAACUUGUUCCAGAACAACCGUUUCUUUGUCGGAACACAAGCUGGUUUGAAUGAUCUUACUCAAACAUUGCUUGAUUUCUGCAAGUUGGAUAUUGCUUCUUUGGUUAAAUUCUUUUCGGAAUCUUUGACCCGUCUCUUUGAAAUUAUCGAAAGAUGUUUGGGUGCUACCGAUGGUCUUAACUAUGAGAUUGUAUUGGCUACCACCUUCAAGGCAUUGGUUCACUUAUUGGAUACAAAUUUCGGUAAACGUGAUCAAUACUUGUUCAUGUUCGACACCUUCUUGGAGGACUAUCAGAAGUCACCAAAGAUUGGUCUCUUCUUGUUGGAGAGGAUGGCUGAGGUCUUUAGCCUGGCUGAGACCAACUGGAACGCUAUGUCCAGAUCUGUCUGUCGUGUUCUUGUGCUCCUUACAAGAUUAGCCCUUGACCCUUCGACCAUCGUCAGCGACAAAUCUCAGUUCUUGGAAUACAUAAACACUCUUUUUGUCAGUGCUUCUCGUUUCCUUCAGCUUCAAGCACCUGCCCUCAUCAACGAUCAGAUCUUGGUCAUGGAGUUAGUUGACUUUGUCAUGGCUUUCGAGUCUACCUUUGAAGAUGGCAAGUUGUUGGCGCUUGUUAUCAGAUUCAUUGACUCCAUCAGCUUCAGAGGUUUGGGAGUUGAUGAUGAAAGUAUCAACAGCAAGAAGACUACUGCCAUUCUUAAAGACCAUCGCUUUGUUAUGACCAAGUUGCUUGUCAUAUACAGACUCUUCAGCAGCAACAUGCCUAGAGAUAUCCAACAUCUCAACUUCUUGAUUUCUCGUUCAGUUACUUGGUGUAUGGAAAUUUUCACAGGCCCUAUUGACGUUGAUGCAUCCAGAAUUGCUUGUUCCAUCAUGAAUUGCGUUUGUAACAUGAUCACCAACAACCUUCAUAGGGAUGAAGUCAAGCAGAUCGCCAUGACAUUGAGUAAGUUCAUCUUCCCCAUGUCCAGAACAUUUAUUCGCUUCAACAAGUUCACCAGAAGUCAUAACUUCUUCCAGCCUAGGAAGGCAUUUACCCCGAUCUUCUCAGGCACCUAUCCAUUUAAGGAAAUCUUCCUUGAUUCUGUUGUUCCGGAAGAAGUGGUGGUUGAGAUUCUUAUUGAGUUGGCUGCUGUGAUUGCUUACAUCUGUCAAAUUGAGAAGACUGUGACCAGUGAAGAUGGAUACCACCACUUCCUCAACUUGGAUGACGAUUCGUUCUUCGACUCUUCGAAGUACUUGUCUAAGAACGGAUGGAACGAGAAUGUCCUUACUGUUUUGCAAGCUAUUGCUCUUAUGAGACAAGGUAAGUUCUUCCCUGAAGACAAAUGGUUGUCAUUCUACGGUACUAUUGCUGAGAGCAGUUUGCUGUGUUUCGAGAUGCUUAAGCCGCUUUUGGUUACGACUGCAAUUCCAGGUAUCGACAACCCUGAACUCUUCGACAGAUCUAUUUGGGGAAGUUACCUCAAGGGACUUCUCAAAUUGGCUACGUUGCAACCUGUUUCCAUUGAACACUUAUCUACCAUCCCGAGAAAAGCGUGCCACCAGAUUACGGGUGAUAUGAGAGACAGAAUUGCAGACAUCAUCAACGAAGUGUGGGAUGCCUUGGCAUGGACUGCAACCGAGAACGAUAUUGUUAGAUUCAAUCUUACCAAGUUUGGUGGAUACCAGGUUGAGUUUAUCAACAGUGACUACGGAAUCUUGCAAGACUUGAUGCUUUUUGCAUUGCAAAGAAACCAGGCUUGUCAGAUUGUCAGUAUUAAGAUCUUGUGGUCUAUUUUGGUUUCCGAGCAUGUCUUGAGUAACUCCAUCGUUGACGUCGAAAAGGAAUGUUUGACUGGUUUGUACAACAUCUACUACAGAAACGCAUACAAACCUGGUCUUCCUGAGCAGAACAGUUUUGUCGAAAGGAUGAAGACCACUAUCCGUUUGGAUAGAGAAGACGUUGCUUAUCCAUUUGUGGUGAGGUUUAUUUCUCAUAUCUCUGGGUUCUUGGCCGUCUUGAACGACUACAACAGUGUUCCUGUUGGAGCAGAAUUCGAGGAUGAUCGUACAUUCCACAAGCUCAACAUCAAUGCUUAUUUGAAACAAGCCAACAGGCCAGAAUUGUUCCACUCGUUCAUCAACCAGAUGUACGAGGAUAACCUCAAGAAGAAGGACUUUGUUCAAGCUGCCUUGAGUUUGGAGCUCUUGUCUUCCACCUACGAAUGGGAUCAUUAUCUGAUUCAGCCAGCUUCAUACAGACCCAAGUUCCCUGAGCAGUCUUCCUUUGACCGUAAGGAAAGCUUGGUGAAGUUAAUCGCUCAUAAUUACGUCAAGGGCGAUAGUUUGGAAAGAGCCAUUGAUGUGUACAAUGAGCUUCUUGAAGCGUACAGUGAGCAUACUUAUGAUUUGAAGAGUUUUGCAUUUGUUCAUAACAAGUUGGCCAAGCUUUACUUGGACUUGGAAUCGUCAGAUAAAUUGAGCCCUUCAUACUUCAGAGUUGCUUUCAUUGGUGCUGGUUUCCCUGCAAACAUCAGAGGCAAAGAUCAGAUCUUGGAAGGCCAGCCAUUUGAGCAUAUUACUUCAGUUCACGAAAGAAUGUUGAAGAUGUACCCUGGUGCCAGAAUUGUCACUGAUGAUGAUCAAGCUCGUGAACUCAGAAGCAAGAACCAGACUGGUAGGUACUUACACAUCAAUGUCGUCGAGCCAGUUUAUGAAAUUUCAGACAAGUUGCUCAACACCUCUAUUGGUGUGAGACAGUACGUGAAGAACAAGGACUUGAGAUACUUCUCGUCGCUUAAGAAGCUCAGUGGAGCUACGUCUGUCUUUGACUUAUGGACUGAGGAGGUGACUUACGAAACCAGCCUUUCGUUCCCUACGUUGAUGAACAGAAGUGACGUUAAGAAGACCAAUGUGGUGAGAUUGUCGCCUUUGGAGAACGCCAUCAGAUCUAUCAUGGCCAAGAACGAUGACUUGCUGCAGUUGGAGAGUAUGAUCAACAUUGCCGUCAAGGAAAAGGUCGACUACGCUUCGUUGUUGAGCGACUUGAGCAGACAUUUGGCUGGUACUGUCGACUCUCCAGUCAAUGGAGGUGUGGGUCAAUACAGAGCAUUCUUUGAAGAUACAAGAUACGCUGGCAAGCCCCAGUUCGCUGACAGCGUCAGAUUGCUCAGAAACGCCUUCAACGACUUGACCCUAGUUUUGAGCAGGUGUUUGCAUCUCCAUGGCGUUUUGAUCCUACCAAUGAUGAAGGCUUCCCAGAAUGUCUUAGUUGAAUCCUUCAGACAGAACUUCAGAGACGAGAUCGCCAAUUUGAAAAUCGACACCAACUACGACGCUCAAAACUACGAAUUCUCUGGAAACACCCAUACCAGAGACCGCCAGGUUUCAGACAAGCCAGGCAACCUGUCUACGUAUGGAGCCAGUUUGCAAAGCUCUCUUCCACCAAACGCCAACCACAACUCAUCCGCCAUGUUCAAGUUUGCUGCUCGUGCCCUCCGUGCCCCUGCCAUGAGAGCCCCUGUCACCGUGACCAGGGCCCCUGUUUUCAGAACCAUGCAGCCAAUCCGUUUCUACGCCGCUGCCCCAAUCACCAAGGAGGAAGUCACCAACAGAGCAUUCGAGGCAUUGAAGACCGUUGCUUCUUUGCAGGAAUCCAACAUCUCUAUCGAGUCUGACUUCCAGAAGGACUUGGGUUUGGACUCUUUGGACACUGUCGAGGCCCUUGUUGCCUUGGAGGAGGAGUUUGACAUAGAGAUUCCAGACAAGAUCUCUGACGAGAUCAAGACCGUGGGCCAGGCUGUUGACUACAUUUUCGAGGAAGAGCAGAAGUUGUAG